CAGAAGCGCCGAGAGCGCGGCUGGGACGGUUGGAGAAGAAGGCUGCUCCCGGAAGGGGGAGAGACUAACUGCCGUAACCUCUGCCGUUCAGGAGCCCGGUUACUUAUUUAUUCGUUACCCUUUUUCUUCUUCCUACCCCCCAAACCUUUUCCUUUAUCCCUUCUUUUUUUUCUUUUUGGGAGCCGAAAAAAAUCUUCGGGAAGGGGGAGAAGCGCUCCUUUCGCUCCUUUUUAUUUCCCCGCCUCCUUCCCUCCCCCAUCUUCCCCUCCUCCGGCUUUUUCCUCCCAACUCAGGGAGGUCUUUCCUGGUGGCCGCCCUGACUGGGUCUGAGCACCUAGGCGGAGGCGGCGCAGGCUUUUUGUAGUGAGGUUUGCGCCUGCGCAGCGCGCCUGCCUCCGCGAUGCACGGGGGCGGUCCCCCCUCCGGGGACAGCGCAUGCCCGCUGCGCACCAUCAAGAGAGUGCAGUUCGGAGUCCUCAGUCCGGAUGAACUGAAGCGAAUGUCUGUGACGGAGGGUGGUAUCAAAUAUCCAGAGACGACUGAGGGAGGCCGCCCCAAGCUUGGGGGGCUGAUGGAUCCAAGACAGGGGGUGAUUGAGCGGACUGGCCGCUGCCAAACAUGUGCAGGAAACAUGACAGAAUGUCCUGGCCACUUUGGCCACAUUGAGCUGGCCAAGCCUGUGUUUCACGUGGGCUUCCUGGUGAAGACAAUGAAAGUUUUGCGUUGUGUCUGCUUCUUCUGCUCCAAACUGCUUGUGGACUCUAACAAUCCAAAGAUCAAGGACAUUCUGGCUAAGUCCAAGGGGCAGCCCAAGAAACGGCUCACACAUGUCUACGACCUUUGCAAGGGCAAAAACAUCUGCGAGGGUGGGGAGGAGAUGGACAACAAGUUCGGUGUGGAGCAGCCUGAGGGUGAUGAGGAUCUGACCAAAGAAAAGGGCCAUGGUGGCUGUGGACGGUACCAGCCUAGGAUCCGGCGCUCUGGUCUGGAACUGUACGCAGAGUGGAAGCAUGUUAACGAGGACUCUCAAGAGAAGAAGAUCCUACUGAGUCCAGAGCGAGUACAUGAGAUCUUCAAACGCAUCUCAGAUGAGGAGUGUUUUGUGCUGGGCAUGGAGCCCCGCUAUGCCCGUCCCGAGUGGAUGAUUGUCACAGUGCUGCCUGUGCCCCCACUCUCCGUGCGGCCUGCUGUUGUGAUGCAGGGCUCUGCCCGCAACCAGGAUGACCUGACUCACAAACUGGCUGACAUUGUGAAGAUCAACAAUCAGCUGCGGCGCAAUGAGCAGAAUGGUGCAGCGGCCCAUGUCAUUGCAGAGGAUGUGAAGCUCCUUCAGUUCCAUGUGGCCACAAUGGUGGACAAUGAACUGCCUGGCUUGCCCCGUGCCAUGCAGAAGUCUGGGCGUCCCCUCAAGUCCCUGAAGCAGCGAUUGAAGGGCAAGGAAGGCCGGGUGCGAGGGAACCUGAUGGGCAAACGAGUGGACUUCUCGGCUCGCACUGUCAUUACCCCCGACCCUAACCUCUCCAUUGACCAGGUUGGCGUGCCCCGCUCCAUUGCUGCCAACAUGACCUUUGCGGAGAUUGUCACCCCCUUCAACAUUGACAGACUUCAGGAACUAGUGCGCAGGGGGAACAGCCAGUACCCUGGAGCCAAAUACAUCAUCCGAGACAAUGGCGAUCGCAUUGACUUGCGUUUCCAUCCCAAGCCCAGUGACCUUCACCUGCAGACUGGCUAUAAGGUGGAACGGCACAUGUGUGACGGGGACAUUGUAAUCUUCAACCGGCAGCCAACUCUGCACAAAAUGUCCAUGAUGGGGCAUCGGGUCCGCAUCCUCCCCUGGUCUACUUUUCGCUUGAAUCUUAGUGUGACAACUCCGUACAAUGCCGACUUUGAUGGGGAUGAGAUGAACUUGCAUCUGCCACAGUCUCUGGAGACCCGGGCUGAGAUCCAGGAACUGGCCAUGGUGCCUCGCAUGAUUGUUACCCCCCAGAGCAAUCGACCUGUCAUGGGCAUCGUACAGGACACACUCACAGCAGUGCGCAAAUUCACUAAAAGAGACGUCUUCUUGGAGCGGGGUGAAGUGAUGAACCUCCUAAUGUUCCUGUCCACAUGGGAUGGGAAAGUCCCGCAGCCGGCCAUCCUAAAGCCCCGGCCCUUGUGGACAGGCAAGCAGAUCUUCUCCCUCAUCAUACCUGGCCACAUCAAUUGUAUCCGUACCCACAGCACCCACCCUGAUGAUGAGGACAGUGGCCCUUACAAGCACAUAUCUCCUGGGGACACCAAGGUGGUGGUAGAGAAUGGUGAGCUGAUCAUGGGCAUCCUAUGCAAGAAAUCUUUGGGUACAUCAGCUGGCUCCUUGGUUCACAUCUCCUACCUAGAAAUGGGUCAUGACAUCACCCGCCUCUUCUACUCCAACAUUCAGACUGUCAUUAACAAUUGGCUCCUCAUUGAGGGUCAUACCAUUGGCAUUGGGGACUCCAUCGCUGAUUCUAAGACUUACCAGGACAUUCAGAACACUAUUAAGAAGGCCAAACAGGAUGUAAUAGAGGUCAUUGAGAAGGCUCAUAACAACGAACUGGAGCCCACCCCAGGGAACACUCUGCGGCAGACAUUUGAGAAUCAGGUGAACCGCAUUCUCAAUGAUGCUCGAGACAAGACUGGUUCCUCUGCUCAGAAAUCCCUGUCUGAAUACAACAACUUCAAGUCUAUGGUUGUGUCUGGAGCUAAAGGUUCCAAGAUCAACAUUUCCCAGGUCAUUGCUGUUGUCGGGCAGCAGAAUGUGGAGGGCAAGCGAAUUCCAUUUGGAUUCAAGCACCGGACUCUGCCUCACUUCAUCAAAGAUGACUAUGGGCCUGAGAGCCGUGGCUUUGUGGAAAACUCCUACCUGGCUGGCCUCACACCCACCGAGUUCUUCUUCCAUGCCAUGGGGGGUCGUGAGGGGCUUAUCGACACAGCUGUCAAGACUGCUGAAACUGGAUACAUUCAGCGGCGGCUGAUCAAGUCCAUGGAAUCAGUGAUGGUGAAGUACGAUGCGACUGUGCGGAACUCUAUCAACCAGGUGGUGCAGCUGCGCUACGGCGAGGAUGGCCUGGCAGGCGAGAGCGUUGAGUUCCAGAACCUGGCUACGCUUAAGCCUUCCAACAAGGCUUUUGAGAAGAAGUUCCGCUUUGAUUAUACCAAUGAGAGGGCCCUGCGGCGCACUCUGCAGGAGGAUCUGGUGAAGGAUGUGCUAAGCAAUGCACACAUACAGAACGAGUUGGAGCGGGAGUUUGAGCGCAUGCGUGAGGAUCGCGAAGUGCUCAGGGUCAUCUUCCCCACUGGCGACAGCAAGGUUGUCCUUCCCUGUAACCUGCUGCGCAUGAUCUGGAAUGCUCAGAAAAUUUUCCACAUCAACCCUCGCCUUCCCUCUGAUCUGCACCCCAUCAAAGUAGUAGAGGGAGUGAAGGAAUUGAGCAAGAAGCUGGUGAUUGUGAAUGGGGAUGACCCACUAAGCCGGCAGGCCCAGGAAAAUGCCACAUUGCUCUUCAACAUCCACUUGCGAUCCACACUGUGUUCACGCCGCAUGGCAGAAGAGUUUCGGCUCAGUGGAGAGGCCUUUGACUGGCUGCUUGGGGAGAUAGAGUCCAAGUUUAACCAAGCCAUUGCCCAUCCUGGGGAAAUGGUGGGAGCUCUGGCUGCACAGUCCCUUGGAGAACCUGCCACCCAGAUGACCUUGAACACCUUCCACUAUGCUGGUGUGUCUGCCAAGAACGUGACACUGGGUGUGCCCCGUCUUAAGGAGCUCAUCAACAUUUCCAAGAAGCCUAAGACACCCUCCCUCACUGUGUUCCUGUUGGGCCAGUCUGCUCGAGAUGCUGAGAGAGCCAAGGACAUUCUGUGCCGUCUGGAGCAUACAACAUUGAGAAAGGUGACUGCCAACACAGCCAUCUACUAUGACCCCAACCCCCAGAGCACGGUGGUGGCAGAGGAUCAGGAGUGGGUGAACGUUUACUAUGAGAUGCCUGACUUUGAUGUGGCUCGAAUCUCCCCCUGGCUGUUGCGGGUGGAGCUAGAUCGGAAGCACAUGACUGACCGGAAGCUGACUAUGGAGCAGAUUGCUGAAAAGAUCAAUGCUGGUUUUGGUGAUGACCUGAACUGCAUCUUUAAUGAUGAUAAUGCAGAGAAGCUGGUGCUCCGUAUUCGCAUCAUGAACAGUGAUGAAAACAAGAUGCAAGAGGAGGAAGAGGUGGUGGACAAGAUGGAUGAUGAUGUUUUUCUGCGCUGCAUCGAGUCCAACAUGCUGACAGAUAUGACCCUACAGGGCAUUGAGCAGAUCAGCAAGGUGUACAUGCACUUGCCACAGACAGACAACAAGAAGAAGAUCAUCAUCACAGAGGAUGGGGAGUUCAAGGCCCUGCAGGAGUGGAUCCUGGAGACGGAUGGUGUGAGCUUGAUGCGAGUCCUGAGUGAGAAGGACGUGGAUCCUGUGCGUACCACAUCCAAUGACAUCGUGGAGAUUUUCACGGUGCUGGGCAUUGAAGCUGUGCGGAAGGCUCUGGAGCGGGAGCUAUACCAUGUCAUCUCCUUUGAUGGCUCCUAUGUCAAUUACCGCCACUUGGCUCUCUUGUGUGAUACCAUGACCUGUCGCGGCCACUUGAUGGCCAUCACUCGACAUGGAGUCAACCGCCAGGACACUGGACCACUCAUGAAAUGUUCCUUUGAGGAAACGGUGGAUGUGCUUAUGGAAGCUGCUGCACAUGGUGAGAGCGACCCCAUGAAGGGGGUCUCUGAAAAUAUCAUGCUGGGUCAGCUAGCUCCUGCUGGCACGGGCUGUUUUGACCUCCUGCUCGAUGCAGAGAAGUGCAAGUAUGGCAUGGAGAUCCCCACCAACAUCCCUGGCCUGGGGGCUGCUGGACCCACUGGCAUGUUCUUUGGCUCAGCACCCAGUCCCAUGGGAGGAAUCUCUCCUGCCAUGACGCCUUGGAACCAGGGUGCAACCCCAGCCUAUGGCGGCGCCUGGUCCCCCAGUGUUGGGAGUGGAAUGACCCCGGGGGCAGCUGGCUUCUCUCCUAGUGCUGCCUCAGAUGCCAGCGGCUUCAGCCCGGGUUACUCCCCUGCCUGGUCUCCCACACCUGGCUCCCCUGGCUCCCCAGGCCCCUCCAGUCCGUACAUCCCCUCACCAGGUGGUGCCAUGUCUCCCAGCUACUCACCGACGUCACCUGCCUAUGAGCCCCGAUCCCCUGGAGGCUACACACCCCAGAGUCCCUCGUACUCCCCCACUUCACCCUCUUACUCUCCCACCUCUCCAUCCUACUCUCCAACCAGUCCCAACUAUAGCCCCACGUCACCCAGCUACUCCCCGACGUCACCCAGCUACUCCCCGACGUCUCCUAGCUACUCCCCAACGUCUCCCAGCUACUCGCCCACUUCUCCCAGCUACUCACCCACCUCCCCGAGCUACUCGCCCACCUCUCCCAGCUACUCGCCCACCUCUCCCAGCUACUCGCCCACCUCUCCCAGCUACUCGCCCACCUCUCCUAGCUACUCGCCCACGUCUCCCAGCUACUCGCCAACCUCCCCCAGCUACUCGCCAACCUCUCCGAGCUAUUCGCCUACGUCUCCCAGCUAUUCACCCACCUCCCCAAGUUACUCACCCACCAGCCCUAACUAUUCUCCAACCAGUCCCAAUUACACCCCGACGUCACCCAGCUAUAGCCCAACAUCGCCUAGCUACUCACCCACCAGUCCCAACUACACGCCGACCAGCCCUAACUACAGCCCAACCUCUCCGAGCUACUCUCCAACAUCACCCAGCUACUCUCCGACCUCACCAAGCUAUUCUCCUUCCAGUCCACGGUACACCCCACAGUCUCCAACCUAUACCCCAAGCUCUCCCAGCUACAGCCCCAGCUCUCCCAGCUACAGCCCUACCUCACCCAAGUAUACACCAACCAGUCCUUCCUACAGUCCCAGCUCCCCGGAGUACACCCCGACCUCUCCCAAGUACUCGCCUACCAGCCCCAAAUACUCACCCACCUCUCCAAAGUACUCCCCUACCAGCCCCACCUAUUCACCUACUACCCCCAAGUACUCCCCAACAUCCCCUACUUACUCUCCAACCUCUCCAGUCUACACCCCAACCUCUCCCAAGUACUCGCCUACUAGCCCUACUUACUCACCCACUUCCCCCAAGUACUCGCCCACCAGCCCCACCUACUCGCCUACCUCUCCCAAAGGCUCUACCUAUUCCCCAACUUCCCCUGGCUACUCACCCACCAGCCCCACCUACAGCCUCACCAGCCCAGCCAUCAGCCCGGAUGACAGCGAUGAGGAGAACUAAGGGAGUGUGGGGCGCAGUGGCAGCAGGCUUGGGCCCUGGGCAGCUUGCUGGCACUCGGCAGUCCUAGCUUCCCUCAUGGGUGGAACCCCCAGCCCAAUUCCUUUGUACGUAACUCCUUGUGGCAAAGUUCCCUGUUGAAGUUCUGGAUCCCGGUUCUGUUGGGGCUUCUUGUCUUGUUCACCACUUGUGCUGUCUCAGAACCCACUGACCUCGUGGUGGUCUUCCUGUCCCAUCCACCCCAUGCCUGUCCCCAAGUUGAAGAUCCUUGAAGAUCUUUCCUUGCCUGUGGCUUGAUUGGGGGUAAAGGGUGUUUAAAUAUCCUAGGGGUAUUUCCUGCUCUGGGACGUUACAUCUGAUCCUUGGGAAGAAUAAAGCUCAUGCUGCCUUUUGUCUGUUAUUUUAUUUUUUUGAAGUUUAAAUAAAGUUUACUAAUUUUGA